AUGAUGUUAAUUCUGAGGAAAACUAUGGGCGAUAUGGCCAUCAACGUGGAUGGAGUCCUGGGUUCGCUCAGCAAGGACACGAAACGCAUCAUCUCAGACCUGAGCAAAGCUCAAGCGACUCAGAAGUCGGAAAUACAAAAACAAUUCGACCAGCUUACAGAUUACCAAAGACAACAGUUCGAGGAAACGCGAUCGGUAUUUGUACAGAAACAUACCGACAUAUGCAAAAAUCGCGUUCAACUACAUCUGUUGGAGAGCCUGCGUUUCGCGGAGAUGACCCACCGGGCGGAGACGAUCACCCUAGCGCACUCCCAAACCUUUCGAUGGCUUUUUCAGGAUCCAAAAGUGUCUGGUGGUAACUGGGACAGCUUCCGAGAUUGGCUUACUUACAAAGCUAGGGUUUAUUGGGUGAGCGGGAAGGCCGCAUCUGGAAAAUCAACAUUGUUGCGAUUCAUCUGGGAUCAUCCCUCUACCUGGACUUGCUUAAAGGACUGGGCUAGUAGCGGCCAACUUGUUGCUGGCGCCUUUUACUUCUGGAACAGUGGCGCAGCAGAGCAACGCUCCCACUCCGGCCUUCUGAGAUCACUGCUGUAUGGGGUACUCGAAAAGAAACGCGACCUUAUUGCGACGGUAUUCCCCCAAGAUUGGAACCAGAAUUGUGAACUAGUAUCACACGACAUGCAACUUGCACCUGUAACUUGGUCUCAAGGACGACUACAGGAUGCUUUCCGGAGACUGGUGGGACUGGCAACAGAGCAUAUGCGUUUUUGCUUUUUCAUCGAUGGACUGGACGAAUAUGAUGGACAUGCAGGCGAUAUCGCAGAACUUAUGUAUGCGUUGUCGAAGGAAAAUACUAAUGUGAAGUUUUGUGUGUCGAGCAGACCAUGGCCAAUCUUUGAGGCUGUGUUCGAAAACGCACCAGGCCUACGACUGCAAGAUCUGACAAAAGAAGAUAUUCGCGCUUACGUGAAUGAUAAGCUCGGCCAGCAUCCGCAGCUCCAAAAGCUUCGAACAUGGAAUCCAGAAGAAGCAACCGCACUUGUCGAUGAAGUGGUGGUGAAAGCGGCCGGCGUUUUUCUAUGGAUCGCACUCGUUGUCAAGUCUUUGAUUGCGGGGUUGCAUGACGGGGACGAAAUUACGCAUCUGCGCUUGCGGCUUGCCGAUUUACCUCCUGACCUUGAGAACCUGUACGAGCACAUGUUGAGCCGCAUCGAACCAGGGUACAGGCAAGAGACAUCAAAGAUGUUCCAGAUUUUCCGUGCAAACGACUAUAGCCUCAGUGUCAAUACUCUGUGUAGGGCGCUAAUGACAUUGUUUCGCCCGAAAAAGAGCAAGCCUAUCUGGAUGUACAAAGGACAAGGAUGA